GACGUGGCAAAAAAAUGCUUCCCUAAAGCAUACAUCGCAAACAUGAAGUGGAAUAAGUAGACGAAGACAUCCCUAAUUCGGGGUUUUGGAUUAAAGGUGUUGAGCUGUACUGAUUCUUCACAUCCCCGUUCAACAGGCAGACCAUGGGUCUGUGCAAGUGUCCGAAGCGGAAGGUUACAAACUUAUUCUGUUUUGAACAUCGAGUCAACGUUUGUGAGCACUGCCUGGUGUCCAAUCACAGUAAGUGUAUAGUACAGUCCUACCUGCAAUGGCUCCAGGAUAGUGAUUACAAUCCCAACUGCACUCUCUGUAAUCAGCCUCUAAAUUCCCAGGACACUGUGAGGUUGGUGUGCUAUGAUUUAUUCCACUGGUCUUGUCUGAAUGACUUGGCCUCACGGCUGCCCCUGUACACGGCACCAGCAGGUUACCAGUGCCCAACAUGUCAGGGACCUGUCUUCCCUCCCACAAAUUUGGCCAGUCCUGUGGCUGACGUUUUGAGAUCGCAGCUGUCCUCUGUCAACUGGGCCAGGGCAGGACUGGGCCUUCCACUGGUUGAAGACAAAGAUGAGAUUGAGGAGAGCACAUCACACGAUGUCACUGACUAUACAGAUUGGACUUUUGAUGCCUCGGCUGUGGAAUCUGUGUCUGCCUCAUACACUCCAGAGCCGACGAUCAGUCCGGUGCCUCCACAUCAGGACAUGGGGUUGAGCCACAGCACACACAAUAAUGGAGGGCUGGGGGUCCAAGAGCACUCCGUAAUCAACAUGAUUGCAGCCACUGCGCCUGACACCAUCACUAUCAGCAAAGCCUCCUCACCUAGAAAAGUGUAUGACACACGAGAAUCAGGCCACACUUCAGUGACGCAAAUCGACUUUGAUGACGAUAAAUACCGGCGGAGGCCAGCCCUGAGCUGGUUUGCGCAGAUAUUAAAGAACCGCCUGGGGACAAAGAGAAAAACCUUGACGCUGAAGCAGAGAAUCGUCAUGUUUCUGCUGAUCGGUAUGAUUGGCUUCUUCACCCUCAUCAUCAUCAUGGCUAAACUGGGCCGGGCUUCGGCCGAUGAAGACCCCAACCUGGACCCCAUGCUGAACCCUAACAUAAGGGUGGGCAACAUGUGAGGAGCGAAAGGCCUCUACUGCCUCUGGACCUGUGGUGCAUUUCACCACAAAAUCCAGCUCGAAUAGAACAAAACGGAAGCAGGAAGUGACCUUCAGAGCGCUGGGACCAGCGAAUAGACGCCUCCUAUGUGGCAUUGCAGGAAUGGUGACCCAACACUUUUUCUGUCUGGUGGUUGGAGGAAGUGGCUGCCUUCUGUCUUUCCUUAGUCUGGCUGCCGGCAGAUGCAAAAGUGUUUAUACCAACGUAUCUUCUAAUGCUGUCUUCUAUGAGUCAACACUGAAUUUGCACUUAAGAAGACAGAAGAGUGUGUAAAUGUUUCAUUAGACCAUCUUUAGUUCUUGAUGCAUUCUUGUAUACUAAAAUGCAGUAAUCAGGUGGGUGGUGGGGAGGUGACUUUUUCUUAAAGCAAUACGGCCAAUCGGACACAUUGUGCUUCUAGGUGUUUUGCAGUUUAAUAUGUUAUUCAUUACAGAGCCUGACCGAUAUCUUGGUUGGCUGAUGUUAUUGGCUGAUUAGCCUCGGUUUUAGCGAGCUGUAUCUGCGGA